AGAGAAAAGGGCAUAUAAAGAACGAUUUUUUCGGAAGUUUUUUUCAGUCUGCGAGGGAUCAACAAUGAAGGCGGUAAGCAUCGUUAUUCUCUGCCUCUGUGGCAUCUUCGGUCUAUGUUCUUCCGGUCCGUGUGAAACUCAGCAGCCCUGCAUAAACGGAGCAACCUGCUUCGACUCUGCCGCCGAUUCCUACUUCUUUUACUGCCUUUGUCCCUACACCUACUACGGACUAAAAUGCCAACAUCGUAAUAGUGCUUGUGAUGACAAUCCUUGUAUGUUUGGAGGAACGUGCCUUGUCAUCAAUGAGAGAUACGAAUGCAGGUGUCCAUCCGGAAUCUAUGGAGAUCACUGUCAAGCAAAUGGAUGCGCCAGUGAUCCGUGUAUGAAUGGUGGAACCUGCUACCCGUUUGGCUACUCUUAUGCCUGCGUCUGUCCUCGUGGAUAUGGCGGAGAAAACUGUGAAGAAUAAACAGGUCAAACAUGAACAUCUUUUUGUGAGAAUAAAACUCGUAACAUCACAUUUUGCUGAAGCAACUGAAACGCAAUUUUAUAUUACGGCAAAGGUAAUACAUCAACGGUUAAUAACGAUAUCAUUAAUUUCUUCGAUUUGACUUUUCCUAUAUAAAAAUUUGAUUUAUUUUUUGUUUGUUUAACUUGGUGUAGCACGUACUCGCCCUGCUUAAGCCUCAUCUAGCCUGAGUGAGGAAGGACAGAAAAUCCUUACGGAAAAAAAUCCACUCGAAAUAGCAUGCCAUUAUGUAGAAUUCCAUGGAUCUGAAGUAUCAUUUUUAAUUGAUGAGGGAGUUAUUGAGAAACUUGACCGGAAGUAAAAGUUAAACAAGUAAACUUUUAAAAUUAUGUCAUUUUCUUAAUCUGUCAAUUUCUGUCGGUCCAUGACACUGCUGGCUCGAAUUUUCACACGAACGUUAUA